CUAUCCUAUCUCAACCUCCUUUUGGUGCUUUUGUCUGUCCGUUUUUCUCGUUGCUCACCUGCUCCCCUCUCCCCCCUCUCCUUCCGCCUCCCUUUUUCUCCCACCUCUCCCCUCUCAGUCCUGGAUUCGUUUUCGCACAUUUCGUGGGCUUGUGCUCUUCUGUCGUAAUCGAGUCGCGGAUGAGUGCGCGUCCUUCAAAUGCAGAGGCGCCUCUCCGGCUCACAUCAACCAGACCAGUCGCAUCCAGUUAUUGACGCAGCGUCCGCAAGGAGACAUGGGCCUGCCAUUGAUGGCACAUGUCAUUCAUUUGCCCCACAGAUGAACCAGCAGAAAGCGACAGAUCUGUAUAGCGGAGAGGAAUCCAAUUCAUCCCUGUUCACUAGCACCCGUAGAUUUGCGGGUGGCACGGCAUAUCCGCCUCCCCUUAACGUCCCAACUCGACAGAAAGCUGUCAUGCCAUUUGAAUCGCAAUCCUUUUCGUCAACGAUAGAUAAGCUGAUGGAGGGCCAAAGACUACGAAGAUCCCGGCUGCGAAACCCGUGGUCAUGUUCUCUCCUGACACUGUCCCUGACCUUCCUGAGUGCGCUCGCCCUUUUUGGAAUCAUUCACUCCUACAUGACCCGCCAAAUCGACCCACAAGGCUGUAAUACGCCUCGAAUGAUGCCCACUUAUAUUAAACUCAUUGGAUUCGAUACGGAACAUACCCGCUUCGCGAGUAAAUAUGGACUAUACCUGUAUCGGGAGCGUGGGGUUGACGAAUAUAGCGAACAAGAUAUUGGGCUUAGGGGUGUGCCAGUAUUGUUCCUCCCUGGAAAUGCUGGGAGCUACAGGCAAGGCCGGUCACUAGCAUCGGAAGCGUCGUUAUAUUUCCAGAAUGUAAUAAGAUAUGACCAGGACAAACUCAAUGCGGGGACCCGAAGUUUAGAUUUCUUCAUGGCGGAUUUCAACGAGGACAUGGCGGCAUUUCACGGACAAACGUUACUCGACCAGGCCGAAUACGUAAACGAAGCUCUAGCCUAUAUACUCUCUCUCUAUCAUGACCCUAAACGCCCUGGGAGAGACCCGAACCUCCCAGACCCUAGCUCCGUGAUUCUAAUUGGUCAUUCGAUGGGUGGGAUCGUUGCUCGAACGGUGCUUACAAUGUCGAAUUACCAGGCAAAUUCGGUGAACACGAUCAUUACGAUGUCAACCCCUCACGCUCGGCCUCCAGUAUCGUUUGAUGUAGAUGUUGUUCGCACGUACAAACAGAUUAAUGAUUACUGGCGUGAAGCAUAUUCUCAGAAAUGGGCCAACAACAAUCCGUUAUGGCACGUUACUUUGAUAUCUAUUGCUGGAGGUGGUGGGGACUCGAUUGUCCCUUCUGAUUAUACAAGUCUAUCGUCCCUUGUUCCUGAAACACACGGAUUUACCGUAUUCACAUCCACUAUCCCAAAUGUUUGGACUGGAAUGGAUCACCUUUCCAUCGCUUGGUGCGACUCGUUCCGAAAAGUAAUCAUUCGCUCACUUUUCGACUUGGUGGACGUUAGACGAUCGUCCCAGACGAAGCAGAGAGCGGAAAGAAUGAGCGUAUUCAAAAAAUGGUACCUCACGGGGAUGGAAGCCAUUUCUGAAAGGACUCUCCCACAAAAAGACCCGACAACACUCUUGACUUUGGAAGAUAAUACAAAUUCAAUUCUACCCCAAGGGCAGCGGCUAGUUUUGCGCAGUUUUGGUAACCGCCAGUUACCCAAAGCGCAUCUUCUUCCCGUUCCUCCCCAAGGCGCUUCAGGGAAAAAGUUUACCCUUCUAACAGAUCAACGUCUUGAUCCUCCUGGUGGCAACGGGAAACUAGAAGUCUUAUUCUGUAGUGUCUUCCCUUUGCGAGCUGGCCAUUCAGCUGCCCUCUUAUCUUUGAAUAUGGAUCUCUCAGGCGGCAGCGCCGGUUCCACUCGGUUGGCUUGCAAGAGUGCCGUAGAGGAUGUAAUACAUCUUCCAGCAUCGACACGCUCGUCCAAGUUCGCUUUCGAUGAUGCUAUUCCAUUUUCAUAUCUGCAAUAUAACUUGGAGGAUCUGGUGGAGCAUCAAUUCGUAGCUGUUGUUGACAAAGCUUCCAAACAUUCCUCGGGUUGGCUUGUUGCGGAAUUUUCAGACAGCUCCGACGCUCUCAUCCAAACCAAGGUUGGACUUGGCCGCCUGUUGGGUGCCGGACUUAAUAUUCGACUUCCUGCAGAACGACCAAUGUUGACCGAAGUGAAAAUACCCGCUCUAUACUCGAGUCUCUUAGCUUAUAAGCUGAGAGUCGGCAAACAGCCGUGCGGUGAGCAUGCUGAGCUGUUUACUCCCCUACUACGACAGUAUAUUUCGGAACCACAUGAAUCGAAGUACUUUGUCAAUGUCAAAGAAGCCGAUAUCAACUUGCAUGGUGUUGCACCCUAUAUGCCUCCCCACCUUCGAGAGCAAAGUGCUAUUCGUGGCAUUUCGUUUCAGCUUUGGUCUGACCCUAGCUGCAAUGCCUCAAUGGAGCUUUCGUUGCGUGUGGACGUUAUCGGUAGCAUGGGGAAACUUGCCAUGCGAUAUCGUACGGUCUUUGCGGCGCUUCCACUUCUUGUGAUUGCACUAGUUCUCCGGAAGCAGUUCCAGAUAUAUGACAAAACAGGCGUUUUUAUCCCUUUCUCGGAGGCACUGGAUCAUUGUCUCCGAUUCUCAUUACCGCUCUUAUUCACCAUACUGACAUUUGUUGCAACAUCUUUGGCAACAUCAACCUCUGGAAUGGACAACCCGGAGAAAGUAUUAAUGGAUUGGCGAUCGAACUCCACCGAAACUGUCAUAGACUUCACUAGGAACGAUUUACUUUUGGGCUCUCAAGAUAGCUUUUUCUGGUUCUUGAUCCCAUUGUUUGGUCUGAUCAGCAUCGGAUUGUGCGCUGUGGUAAAUUACAUUGUCGUGGCUUUGAUUUAUGGCCUGUCGACAGUCCGUAGAAUGUUGGUAUCACGCCGAGGGUACAUAAAACAUGAUGACCCAAAACCUGCGGCGAUUUACCCAUCACUCUCUCCGAGACAAAGGAUCAUUAACUCCGCUGUUUUACUGUGUUUCGUGGCAACUGUCAUUCCAUAUCAGUUCGCGUAUCUCGUAGCAUGCAUUGUGCAAUUAGCAACCUGCGUGCAGACUUUGCAAUAUGCGAGAGAAACGAAAUCGAACUCGCAGUAUAAUUUCUACAAUUACGUUCAUUCCGUCUUCGUCCUUAUGCUAUGGAUACUACCGGUUAAUGUCCUUGUGUUUGCGGUUUGGGUUCACAAUCUCGCUGUCCACUGGUGGACGCCGUUCGCAUCGCAUCACAAUGUCUUAUCUAUAAUGCCAUUUAUACUUCUCGUGGAGACGCUCACAAAUGGGAAUAUGAUCCCAAGAGUAACCUCAAGAUUGCGACAUAUCACUUCGGCCUUAUUUAUUAUCCUCGCUGUAUAUGCCGCGCUCUACGGAGUCACAUAUGCAUAUCUCCUUCAUCACAUUGCCAAUGUAGUCACUGCGUGGCUUGUUUGUGUACAUUUUGCCAGCAGUGGUUUCUUGCUCCAGAAUUUAAGCCAAGCCUUCGAGAGCUCGGGCUUCGGUGAAGACGGGCCUCCGGCAACUAAUGGUCAUGUUAAAAAGCUCCCUUAAAGUAUUACUGUUUAUAAUUUUAUCCCCUUUUUCCUUCAUCACUUUUUUGUAACUUUUUAUAAGCGAAUAGCUGGCAUUUGACGGUGUUUUUCUGCUUUUGUUCUUCUCGCUGUGCGUAUGAUUGUUACCAUUAAACCUAAUUGGCGUUAGAGAAUUAUUUUCCUUUUAUUCUCAACGGUUGUACGAGGGAUGAUAUCCCAGCUAGAGACCCCGCGUUUUCUUAUUUGUGUUUUCUUCCUUUUUCACGCUUUAUGUUCCUUUCGUCAUAUUAUAUGCCUAGUUUUUAUUUGUUGGUACGUGAUAGCAUGCUAUUAUUAAUGCAGGUUGGUUACUCCUUUUCCUUCUUAGCGUCUGAGAGGCCGUACAUGUAUAUACAGACAUUGUUUUCCCAGGCUCAUUUAACCGCUCUUGCCUUCAUGGAAGGCGUAUUGCUUCUGUCCAUCCAUAGGUCAUCAUUCUUAUGGGCAGGGACUCUUCGAUUGAUUUCUUCUUCUUUUUUUCUUCCUUUUUUCUUUUUUCUUUUUCUUUUUCUUCUCUUCUUAUUUCUAUUCUUUUAAUAUUGAUCCAUCCUCCUGUCAACCUCUCUUCUUAUGGUCACUAUUGCGUAACCUGGUCGGUACAUGUCAAUAUUAUAAAUGAUAUAUCUUACUAAAUUUUUAUGUUUUAGUAUAAUAGUUCCUCG